AUGGCUACUAAAUUCCUACCUCAGAAGCGUGCCCUUGGGGACACUUCAAAUCGUCCAAAUUUCCAAUCAAACCCCAACGCAAAAAAGCCCCGUCUCGAACCACUCUUAUCCUCCCCGGCAUCGCGCCUCAACAGUUCUCAGCAGGGCCCUGGCUCAAAAUUAACAUCAACCCAGCCGAAAAGUACAUUCGAGUCAGAAGUUCUCGAGAAGUUAAGCCAAGAUAUUUCAGAGCUUAAGCAGUCCAAUUCAGAAAAGGACCAAGCAUGGGAACGUCCUCCCGUUGUGAACUUCGACCCUACUCGGGACAGCCUCACCUUCCAACAAAUAGAAGCCGAAGAAGGUACUUUACAUGGCGGAAAGACUACUAUCAAGCUCUUCGGUGUGACUGAGGAUGGCCACUCCGUAAUGAUGCACGUUACAGAUUUCAAGCACUACCUCUAUGUCGCUGCCCCCGUCUCCUUUGCGCCCCAUGAUUGCGAAUAUUUCAAAGCAUACCUUGAGAGUCAGCUAUCCCAACUUCAACCUGUCAUACAUUCUUGCCAAAUUGUCCUGCGAGAGAAUAUAUACGGCUUCCAGGGCAACACGCAAAGUCCAUAUAUCAAGAUCACGGUUACAGACCCAAAGCAUAUCCCGAGAGUGCGCUCGGCCUUCGAGAAGAACGAAGCAAACUGGAGAGGAAUGUGGAAAGGAGUUGAAGGGGGUAUAAUGACGUUUGAUAACCUACAAUACGUUUUACGAUUUAUGGUUGACUGCAAGAUUCCCGGUAUGUCUUGGGUAGAAGCGCCCGCUAAGUCAUAUCAUUUAAUACCAGAGGGCCAGCGGCAAUCGAGCUGCCAAAUUGAAGCCGAGAUUAGCUACCGAGACCUAAUCUCCCACGAACCGAAAGGGGAGUGGUCUAAAAUGGCACCUCUCCGGAUUCUGUCCUUCGAUAUCGAAUGUGCCGGACGAAAAGGCAUCUUCCCGGAGGCGAACCAAGACCCAGUAAUCCAGAUUGCGAACGUCGUAACUCGUUAUGGAGAGAGCAAACCUUUUAUUCGGAAUGUAUUCUGCUUGGACCGGACAAGUCCUAUAGUAGCAACCCAGAUCCUAGAUUACGAGAGGGAAUCAGACAUGCUUAUGGCUUGGAAGCGGUUCCUUGACAAAGUCGACCCUGAUUUGAUCACUGGCUACAAUAUUGCCAAUUUCGAUUUUCCAUAUCUACUUGAUCGUGCCGACCACCUCAAGAUCCAUGGUUUCGACUACUGGACUCGUCUGCAUAGUGUAAAAACCUUCUCUAAAAAGACGAAUCUCUCAAGUAAGCAAAUGGGAAAUCGGGAUACGAAGACCACAAACACGAAUGGUCGAUUGCAGCUUGAUCUCCUACAAUUGAUUCAGAGAGAUCAUCAUCUCAGAAGUUAUACUCUCAAUUCAGUGUGUUCUCAUUUCCUCGGAGAACAAAAAGAAGAUGUACACUACACGAUGAUUACCGAACUAUUUAACGGUACACCGGAGUCCAGACGUCGUCUAGCGCUAUACUGUUUAAAGGAUGCCUAUUUACCUCAACGAUUAAUGGACAAACUCUCCUGUCUUGCGAACUAUACAGAAAUGGCCAGAGUCACAGGAGUUCCGUUCAAUUUCCUCCUCUCUCGUGGACAACAGGUCAAAUUCAUGAGCCAGCUGUUCCGGAAGGCUCUUGAACAAAAGCUUGUGAUUCCAAAUAUGAAAUCAGAAAACUCGGAUGAUCAGUACGAAGGCGCUACAGUCAUCGAGCCUACUCGAGGUUACUAUGACGUGCCUAUCGCAACUCUCGAUUUUGCGUCACUAUAUCCAAGUAUUAUGCAAGCGCAUAAUCUUUGCUACACAACUCUUGUGAACAAGAGAGCAGUAGAGAAGUUUAGCCUCAAGAAAGAUGAGGACUAUAUCGUUACGCCCAACGGUGAUAUGUUCGUCACUGCUAAGCAACGAAAGGGUCUUCUUGCCCAGAUUCUCGAGGAACUCCUCUCAGCAAGAAAGCAGGCUAAAAGAGAAUUAGCCAUCGAGACUGACCCUUUCAAGAAGGCCGUCUUGAAUGGUCGUCAGCUCGCGUUGAAAAUCAGCGCCAACAGUGUUUACGGUCUUACAGGUGCUACAACUGGUAAACUCCCCUGUCUCGAAAUCGCCAGUAGUACCACAAGUUUUGGUCGACAAAUGAUUGAAAAAACCAAGGCUGAAGUGGAAAAGAAGUACAGUAUCGCAAAUGGAUACUCUCAUGACGCCCAAGUCAUCUAUGGUGAUACGGAUUCCGUCAUGGUUAAAUUCGGGACGAAGGACCUAGCCGAAGCGAUGAAGCUGGGCGAAGAGGCAGCGAAUUAUGUGUCAUCAAAAUUUGUGAAACCAAUUAAGCUAGAGUUCGAAAAGGUCUACUUCCCGUACUUGUUAAUCAACAAAAAGCGAUAUGCGGGUCUUUUCUGGACGAGACCCGAUAAGUUUGACAAGAUGGAUACCAAAGGUAUCGAGACUGUUAGGAGAGAUAACUGUCUGCUAGUACAGACCGUUAUUGAGAAAGUUCUGAGGAUGAUCCUGAUCGACCAGGACGUCCAGGGAGCCCAAGACUACGUCAAAGAUACAAUCGCGGAUCUACUACAGAACAAGAUAGAUAUGUCUAAGCUUGUGAUUACGAAGGCUCUCACCAAAGAAAGCUAUGAUGCGAAGCAAGCCCACGUUGAACUUGCGCAUCGCAUGAAGAAACGAGAUGCCGGUUCCGCGCCAGGGUUAGGUGAUCGAGUAGCAUACGUUAUGGUAAAAGGCGCAAGUGGAGCGAGGAAUUUCGAGAAGUCAGAAGAUCCGAUCUUCGUUCUAGAAAACAACGUGCCUAUCGAUACAAGAUAUUACCUCGACAACCAGUUAGCCAAGCCGCUUGGUCGUAUCUUUGACCCUAUCCUUGGAGAGACAAAGUCGAAAUCACUCCUCACUGGUGAUCAUACCCGUUCCGUAUCAGUUGCAGCACCAACGGUAGGCGGUCUCAUGAAGUUUGCAAAGAAGACUAUGACAUGUAUGGGUUGCAAGAAGCCACUCAUGAGCAAGGAAGAAAGUGGUGGUGCUGUCUGCUCAGACUGUGCGCCGCGCGUGGGGGAGCUGUACAAAAAGACAUUGGACAAGGUAUCCGAUCUGGAGGUCCGGUUUGGACGACUAUGGACACAAUGCCAGCGAUGUCAGGGUAGUAUGCACGGGGAGGUCAUCUGCAGUAGCAAGGACUGCCCCAUCUUCUACAUGCGCAUGAAGGCGAAGAAGGAUGUGGAAGACGGGAGCAAAGAGUUGAAGCGGUUCGAUUUUGACCAAUCUGCUAUAUGGUAA